AUGCUCUCUUCAUCAUUCGAGCGCAAUCUUCAUCAACCACUCCUCUUCAUUGACAAGGACACAAGAGUUGUUAUCCAAGGUAUCGGUAACCAAGGCCAAUAUCACUCCCGCCUCAUGCGUGAAUACGGCACAAAGGUUGUUGGUGCUGUUCAUCCAAAGAAGGCCGGAAAGAUCAUUGCUGGACUUCCAAUCUUCAAGAACAUGAAGGAAGUUGUUAAGAGAACAGAUGCUAAUGCAUCUCUUAUCUUCGUUCCAGCUCCAGGUGCUGCUGCUGCAUGCAUUGAAGCUGCUGAAGCCGGCAUGGGUCUUGUUGUCUGCAUCACAGAACACAUCCCACAGCACGAUAUGAUCAAGGUCAAGAAGGUCAUGAAGGAAACAGGCUGCCAGCUCAUCGGUCCAAACUGCCCAGGUCUUAUCCAGCCAGGCACACACACAAAGCUUGGUAUCAUCCCAACAAACAUCUUCAGAAACGGUAAGAUCGGUAUUGUUUCCCGCUCUGGUACACUUACAUACGAAGCUGCUUAUGCUACAACACAAGCUGGCCUUGGUCAGUCCACAGUUGUCGGCAUUGGUGGUGAUCCAUUCGCAGGACAGCUCCACACAGAUGUCAUCAAGCGCUUUGCUGCAGAUCCACAGACCGAGGGUAUCAUCCUCAUCGGUGAAAUCGGUGGCACAUCCGAAGAAGAUGCCGCUGAGUGGAUCGCUAAGACAAAGCUUACCCAGGAGAAGCCAGUCGUCGCCUUCAUCGCCGGCGCUACAGCUCCACCAGGCAAGCGUAUGGGUCACGCUGGUGCCAUCGUUUCUGGCGGCAAGGGCACAGCUGAGGGCAAGUACAAGGCUCUUGAAGCAGCUGGUGUUCGCAUUGCUCGCCACCCAGGUAACAUGGGCAAGUUCAUCUUCGAGGAGAUGAAGAGAUUAGGAAAGAUCUAA